AGUAAACACCAGUCGUGCUUUCAAACAACACUAUAAAACCUUCGAUCGCUAUGUUUUUGUUUACAACUUUAUUCAUCAGUUUGAUAACCGUAUUUUUAUACUUUUACUGGUAUAUCAAAAAAUCGUAUCAAUUUUUCCACCAAUAUGGAAUUCCAUACAUUGAACCACAUUGGUUAUUCGGUAACAUGAAAGAUGUAAUAUUCAUGAGAAUAUCGGCAUGGGAAGGGUUCAAUCAAAUGCAUCAGAAACUAGACCCUCACAGAUUCGGUGGAGUGUAUACUUUUCAAAAACCUACUGUCCUGAUCAGGGAUCCUGAGCUGAUAAAAACCAUACUGGUGAAAGAUUUCGGGUAUUUUCAAAAUCGUGGAUUUACAGUUGUAAAAGAAGUCGAACCAUUGGCCUAUCAUUUAUUCAACAUGCAAGGAGACGAAUGGAAAAACCUACGCAUUAAAUUGACCGGCACAUUUACUAGUGGAAAAAUGAAAAUGAUGUUUCCUCUAAUAAAAUCCUGCGCUGAAGGAUUAAAACCAGUACUGAUGAAAUAUUCGCAAAAUGGUUCAGAUUUCGACGUUAAAGAUCUAUGCGCUAGAUUGACCACAGAUAUCAUAGGCAGCUGUGCUUUCGGUAUCGAUACGAAUUCUCUACAAGAACCUGAUUCUGAGUUUAGAAGGAUGUGCGAUCGUAUUUUUAAAUUUAGGUGGCAAACCAUCAUAAGAACAUACUUCCCACACAUGCCAGCUUCUUAUAUAAAAGCACUCCGCUUGGAAUUCCUCGAAAAACCAGUGCAUAACUUUUUCAUGAAAAUAGUCGAAGACAUGGUGAAAAAUCGCGAAGAAAACAACGUCACUCGAGGCGACUUCCUCGACAUUCUAAUCUCCCUGAAGAAUCAAACAGAUAUGGAAAAAAUAAAAGAACAAGGGGAAGCUGAUUUAGCCAAGUUUAUGUCUCAAAUCGGCGAGAAACACGUGAAACAUGACGCAGAAAUUACUCCAGAAGUAAUGGCAGCUCAAUGUUUAUUAUUUUUCGUCGCUGGCUUCGAUACAACUUCCACAGCUCUGAUGUUCAUGUUAUUCGAGCUAGGUAGUAAUUUAGAUAUUCAAGAGAAACUUCGACAGGAAAUAUUAUCAACGAUUGAGGAAAAUGGUGGCGAAAUUAGUUACGAGAUGAUGAGAAAAAUGCCCUAUUUGGAAAUGAUCAUAGCAGAAAUACUGAGAAAAUACCCUCCAGCACCAAUCUUGAUUCGUAAAUGUGGCGAGAACUAUAAAAUCCCAGAUUCAGAAGCCAUAAUCAAAGAAGGAACUCCAGUUUUCAUAUCAACUUUAGGAUUACACUGUGAUAGUAAAUAUUACGAAAAACCACUAGAUUUUUACCCCGAACAUUUCACCAAAGAAGCGAUUUCUAAAAGGCCUCACCAUGCCUACUUACCAUUUGGAGAAGGUCCACGAAUGUGCAUAGCCGAAAGAUUCGCCAGAAUGCAAAUAAUCGUGGGAAUUAUUUAUUUAUUGAAAGAUUUCUCAUUCGAAGUGUCCUCGAAAACUAUAACACCUUUGGAAUAUGCACCAUCUAUUGGCAAUGUGAAUGUGAAAGGGGGUAUUUGGUUGAAAUGUCAACCUGUUCAGUAAUCAUCAAUUUUUUUUCCAAUUCAUUAGGCAAUCAAACUAGCCUACUGAUAAAAUGUGACCAAAGGAUUUAUGUGGCUGUUCUUGGAAAUUUUCCACUCGUUUAUUUUGUUUUGUUUAUUCAAUUUUUUUUUUUUUAGUGAUUUAUACGAAUAAUAAACAUUUUUUUUUUCGAAA